AUUCAUGUCCAUUUAAUUUUUCAUGUGAAGUAUAUCCCUAGGGAAAAAUAAUUUCUUCACAUUUACAAUGAAGCAAUCCACUCUAUUCCUGUUCCUAUUCCUAUUCCCCCUCGUUCAUGCUCUUUCUUACGAAGCUGCUUAUAUUAGAGAUGGCCUCAAAUCCUAUUCCCAGCUUGAUCUCCCUCACUCCGUUUUUGGUUCUGAAAGUGUAGCCUUCGAUUGCCAUGGGAAAGGACCAUAUGUUGGAGUGUCUGAUGGUAGAAUUCUCAAGUGGCAAGAGACAAAGAGAGAGUGGAUUGACUUUGCAGUUACCUCGCCACACAGGAACAAGAAAUUAUGCGACGGGUUACAAAAUGACAAGAUGGAAUCAAUGUGUGGAAGACCCUUAGGCCUCAAAUUCAACACUGUAACUUGUGAACUGUACAUUGCCGAUGCAUACUUUGGGCUUCUGGUGGUAGGACCAAGUGGUGGUGUGGCAAAGCAAUUAGCCACUUCUGCUGAAGGGGUCCCAUUUAGGUUCACAAAUGCCUUGGACAUCGACACCAAAACUGGUGAAGUAUAUUUCACAGAUAGCAGCAUCUUGUUCCAAAGAAGGGUAUACAUAUCAAUAAUUCUGAGCGGGGAUAGAACUGGAAGGUUACUAAAAUACGUUCCAAGUACCCAAAGUGUACAUGUUUUGGUCAAAGGUUUAGCGUUCCCUAACGGUGUGGCACUUAGCAAGGACAAUUCCUUCAUUCUAGUAGCAGAAUCAACCACUUUUAAAAUUCUCAAGAUUCAACUUAGAGACUCCAAGACCAACAACAACAACAAUAUAGAGCCUUUUGCUCAGGUUCCACGCUCCCCAGAUAACAUAAAGAGGAACAACAAAGGAGAAUUUUGGGUGGCACAGAACAGUGGCAGGGGAUUGAUUCAGAAAUUGGGAAAUGAAAUUGAAACCACACUUCCUUGGAAUGCAGAUCCUGUGGCAAUUAAAUUUGAUGAAAAGGGGAGGGCCAUUGUGGUAUUAGAUGGAGAAUAUGGAAGACAAUUGGACUCUGUUAGUGAAGUGGAAGAACAUGAAGGAAGUUUGUGGAUAGGCUCUGCUGUGCAACCAUUCAUUGGUCUUAUAAAAGCUUAGGCCUUUAUUUACGUGUUUGUGGAAAAAUUAUUAAGUGGUCCUCAAUCACUACCUUAUUCAUGGUGUUAGCAGAUUUUUAUAUGACACAUAAUUAAGUAUGUGUCACGUAAAAAUUAGUUAAGACUAUAGAUAAGUAAUGAUUUAAAAUUACCUAAUAAUUUUUCGUGUUUGUGUGUUUUAUUUUCAGGUCAAAUUUUAAAAUCCAAAUUCCAAAAUAAAAUGUAUUUUGGAUAAAAUAAGGUUGGGUUAGUUUUCUUUAUCUGAUGUUAAAAGACUUUUCUUCUGAUUUUAAGAAUAAUAAAAAAUGGUAUUCUCAUUCUUAAUUUUA